AUCAACUAUCAACUAACACAACUGUGACCACUUAGUUUUUGUCUGGCGUGUGUGUAGUCCUGUCGUGUGUUUAUGCUCCGUGCCGCUUGUACAUACAAUUCACACAGAAUAAUUUUGUAAAACGCCACUGCGGUGUGUGUGUGUGUGCAUUAAAGUGUUUAUUUUAGUAUUUAUAGUUACGUAUUUUCCGAUUUUUCUCGCGCAAUCGUUUGGCCGGUCGGAGGAUUUUCCGCGAUGUGAGCUAUUUCGAUCACCGAUCGACACGACGACGACCGUUUAACCGCUUCCGAUCUCGAAAACAAUCCUCAGACAAAUCCUUUUUUCUGUGAGUAUACGUUUCACCGCCGCGAUGGAAGACGAACUGCACUGCAUCGCCUGCAAGCAGCUGUUCAACAAUCCGGUGCUGUUGCCGUGCUAUCAUGCGUUAUGCCUGAACUGUGCGGUGCACGCACAGCGGCCGCUGGAGCCGACCGCACCGCAAGAGAACAGCGGCAACUCGACUACCAGCGGCAGUAGCACAGCCGAGUCGCACGCGUCGUCCGACUGCCAUCCGGAGUCGGACAAGCUGUCCAUACUCAGCGAGACGGACAGUGGUGUGGUGUGCAACAGCCGGCCGAACAGUUACCUGGGCACGUCCAGCCACAUCGGUGGCGGUAUCAUUGCGUUCCCGCCGGUCAUGGCCGGCUCGUAUUCGCUGUCGUGUCCGGCUUGCAGGAAGACCGUGUACUUCGACGACAAUGGCGCGCACAAUUUGCCAAAGUACAGGACGAUGAGAAACAUCGUCGACCGUUACGGCGAGCUCAGACACAUUGUGCCCAAGUGUCAGCUGUGCGAGUGUGAACCGGCCGCCGAUGCUACUGUGCUGUGCGAGCAAUGUGAGGUGUUGUACUGCGACUCGUGCCGCGACAACUGUCAUCCGCCCAGAGGCCCGUUGGCCAAGCACAACCUGCUGGAGCCAACCGUUGGCAAGGUGGCGCUCAGGAACAAAAUCAGAAGCAGGGACAUCAUCUGCAACGAACACGAAGAAGAGUGCCUGUCCAUGUACUGUAUGGUCUGCAAGAUACCAGUGUGUGCUGUGUGUAUGCACGAAUCGAGGCAUUCAAGUCACGAUGUCCAAGCCAUCAACACCAUGUGCAAAGCUCAAAAGACGGAACUAUCUCAGAAUCUCCAACAAUUGUCCGAAAAAGCACGGACCACUACAGAGUUCAUCCAGAGGUUAAAGCAAAUGUCUGAAAAACUGAAUGGCGAAUGCGAAGAACUAGAGCGACAAGUGGAUGCCAGGUGUGACGCGCUGAUCCGGUCCAUCGAGAGGCGUAGACAGUGGCUGAUCGACGCGGUGCGACAAGACAAGGAGAUCAAACAGCGGUCGUUAAAGGACCACGUGACUAGCUGUACAUGCAAGCUGCAGAAAACCACGUCCUUGUUGCAAUUUUGCAUUGAGGCCCUCAAAGAAAACGACCCCGUUUCGUUUUUACAAGUCGGGUCCAUGUUGAUAGCCAGAGUUUCGAAUACGGACAUGACCUGGCACAAGGACGUGUUGCCGUCUCCUCGAUCGUAUCACCAGCUGGAUUUGACCCUGGACGAUAACACUGUGUUGAAAGCUAUUGAGCACAUGAACUUUAUACAAAUGAAAACUCCAAGCGCGGCGCUGAUCAUCGCCGAAGAGUGUAGCGCAGAGAACAAUAGCGUUACGAUCGCGUGGCAACCACCAGCUUCUUCAUACGUCGAAGGUUAUGUAUUAGAACUGGACGAUGGCAACGGCGGAGACUUCAGGGAGGUGUAUUGCGGCACGGAAACCAUCUGCACCGUUGACGGGUUACACUUCAAUUGCACGUACAACGCCCGAGUAAAAGCGUUCAACAGCGCGGGCGAAGGCGAGUACAGUGAAGUAAUAGGAUUGCAAACUUCUGAAGUGGCUUGGUUCACGUUCGACCCGUGCUUGAGCUCGCCCGAGCUGUGCUUUACACCCGACAACAUGACAGUGACUUGCGAAGGAUUCGAGCACCGCGUGGCCCUGGGAAGCGUCGGGUUCUCUAGAGGUGUUCAUUACUGGGAAUUUACGAUCGACCGGUACGACGCCGAUACCGAUCCAAGUUUCGGCGUGGCAAGACUUGACGUAUCCAAAGAGGAAAUGUUAGGCAAAGAUGAAUCUGGUUGGAGCAUGUAUAUUGACAAACAGAGGUCUUGGUUUAUGCACUGUCGUAGUCAUGAGCAGAGGUGCGAAGGUGGGAUCCAGGUGGGAUCCACAGUUGGCGUGCUCCUGGAUCUGAACAAACACCAAUUAUCUUUUUUUGUGAACGACGAACCACAAGGUCCGGUGGCUUUCAAUGGUCUGUAUGGUGUCUUUUAUCCAGCGGUCAGUGUCAACAGAGGUGUUGCUGUCACGCUGCAUACAGCACUUGACGCUCCCAGUGACUUAGAAGACUGUUAAGACUUUUUUACAACCCUAUUGUAUAUUUUCGAAUAAGGUGUCCACUGUAUUGCAUAAUAUAAAGGUUAUAGUGUUAUGCAGGUACUAGAUCGAUAAGAUUUUUUUUUAAUCAUAAGAGUAUUUUUUAUUUAAAGUUUCUAUAAAAAGUUAUACGAGUCCAAUAUUUUAUAUUUGUACGUAUGUAAAUGUAUAUGUAUAAUUAUUGUGUAUUUUUUUUCUUUAAUUUAUCAUUAUCUCAAGUGUAAACUUAACUUGAACAGGGUGGGAAAUUUGAGUUAUAGAUCACUACAAUAUACAUGUACACUGCAUAAUUUUCCCUUCCAAUUUGCUUAAAAGAACUAAUGUAUUUUUUUAGUUACUCUGUAAUAUUAUUGUCAUUAUAAUAUUACGUUAUUAUGUAUUUUAUACUGUUUCGGCUGUUUAAAUAUUUAUGGUGUGUUUUGGAUGUACAAAAAUUGAAUAUGCAAACCAAACGAUUAUGAUGAUGACACCGUUAUUGUGAUUAUUUUAUUUUACUUUCGACAAUUUAUUUAUGAGUCCUUAAUUUAGUUUAUUUAUAUAUAUAUAUUUUAAAUAGUAGACGUAUUAAUUAAAUAUAUUUUUUUCUUUUGCAUUCUGUAUUACCUACUAGUAGUUGUUUAAGUUGUAUAAUAGCAUAACAGUGUAUUUAUAAAGUAAAUAUUGUAUCUAUUUUUUGUUUUAUUUUAAUUAAAUACAGCAGUUCAUUAUUCUAUAGCCCAUUCAAGACAUUGUUCAAAACUUGCUCGAGUACUAAAUAAAAAAAAACCCCCUAAAGCUAUUUGAAGCUUUAUUAUGUUAUUAUUUAGAAUGCCCUAUGAUGUAGUUGCUUAAAUGAAACAUGUUAGAUUAAAAUAGGUUUAGUUGUUUUUAAUUUUAUACAUCUAGUCAAAUAGAUUUAGAUUGCAUAUGAUUUUUAUCAUAAAGACUGAUGGAUAUGCGACAAAAAAAAAAUUAUAUAUAUAUAUUAUACAAUGUCAAUGUUAUUAUUUUCAAUUUUAACGCAUCUAUAAUAGAGAAGAAUUUUAAUCUCAUCUAUGAUAACUAUCCAACCAACUAUGUUAUUAUUUUUAAAUCUCAUGUAGUGAUCAUCAGUGUCCAUCACAAUUUUUUCAGCUUUUUUCAAUUUUUAUUGUUGAUAAAAGCCAAUUAAACUCUAUUAUUUAAGGUUCAAGAACAUUAUUCGAUUUUGUCAUUUUAUAUUAUUAGUGGAAUCGUUAAAUAAAACUAUUUUCUUUUUUUUAACAGUCCAACGUGAUGUUUCUUACAUUAAAUAUCUUAUUGUAUACCCAGAUUGAAGAUUUAUUUUUAUUUAUUGAAAAAUUCCAAUUAAUACUAUUC